AUGAUCCAGCCGGACUACCCUUCAGCCCUAGGCUUACUGGCUCAUUUAAACUCGGACGAACUAAAGGAAAUGUUAAAUGACGACACUAAAUUCGACAGUGUUUUAAAAGACGUAAAACAGGUAAAAGAUUGGGAAACAGAGAGAGAGAUGACUAUAGCAAGCAAUAGAUCCUUAGCCGAGUUUAAUUUGAGCAAAGAGCCAGAACUAGAGGAAACAAAGGCAGCGGUUUUGGAAAAAUCUGAAAUGGGGGAGCAGUUGUGCACCAGGAUCCAAGAGUUAUUGGAAGAAUAUAAAACGAAAUCAGCUGGCAUAUCUCCAGACACGACUCAAGCACUCCUACAGACAGCAGCAGCUGAAUCUGAGGAACAAUCUGAGAACCUUGCACAAGACUUUCUAUCAGGAAAGAUACCAGUGGAAAAGUUCCUUGAAGACUUUGAACCAGCCCGCAAAAACAUGCAUUUACGGAAAUUCAAAGCUGAGAAAAUGGCUGAGCUACUCCGAUCUGGCAGUCAGAGCUCCUUCGGUAAUGGGUUCGCAAAGCCAUACUUACCCUACCCAAGCUAUGGGCAACAAGGACCCCCAAGCGUGCCAUACCCCAUGGGACCACUCAACAUGCCCAUGCCAGGCAUGUACGGAAACCACUUUUAA